GCACGUUGACUCUCUACGUCAUUGUGGAGCUUAGUGCUAAUGUGGUUUUUUAAUUUCGUGUACAUAAUUUGAAACAUAUUGCAGUUUGAGUAAGAUAGUUAAUAAUUUAAAAUGCCUAAAAAGAAUAAAGGAAAGUCGGCAAAAAAGGAUGUAGAUGAAAUUUCCAAUAAGGCAAAGCCGGUAGGGAAAAAAACGUUAGAAGAAGAACUGGAAGAAAUGGGUAUUAUUGGUGAUGAAGUUGAACUUAAUGAGAAUGAAAUUGAUGAAGAAAACAAUGUUGAUUCUGUGAAAAGUGUGGAAGAAAACGUUGAAAAUGGUGAAAAUGCAAAACAAAAGCUAAGCCACAAAGAUAAAAAAAAGAAGAAAAAAGAGUUGGAAUACCAGAAACAACUCGAAGCAGUUGGAAAACCUCAUUCAGAGAAGUUAGAUGCUCAGUUUACUGUGUCUCAAGCAGAAAAAUCAACAUCUCAACAGCAGCAGUUAGAAAAUGCUGUUGACAUAAAGGUGGAUAACUUUUCUAUAUCAGCUCGAGGAAAGGACCUAUUUGUUAAUGCUAGUUUACAUAUAACAGCAGGGCGACGAUAUGGUUUAGUGGGUCCCAAUGGCCAUGGAAAGACUACAUUGCUGAAACAUAUAGCUAAUAGAGCUCUAAAUAUCCCUCCGAACAUUGAUGUUCUUCUCUGUGAGCAAGAGGUAGUUGCUGAUACUACAUCAGCUGUGGAGGUUGUUUUAAAAUCUGACACAAAGAGGGUUGAACUUUUGGAGGAAUUGAAUACAUUGGAAAAAGAAAUAAGUACUGGCAACAUGAAGAAUCAGACUCGAUUAAAUGAGGUUUAUGAGGAACUUAAGAUUAUUGGAGCAGAUUCUGCUGAAGCACGAGCUCGAAGAAUCUUGGCAGGUUUAGGUUUUAAUCGUGGAAUGCAAGAUCGACCAACAAAGAACUUCUCUGGUGGAUGGCGAAUGCGAGUGUCUCUAGCUCGGGCUUUAUUCAUGGAACCAACGCUACUACUACUUGAUGAACCUACAAACCAUUUAGAUCUGAAUGCUGUUAUUUGGUUGGACAACUAUCUGCAGGUUUGGAAGAAGACUUUGUUAGUUGUUUCUCAUGACCAAAGUUUCUUAGACAAUAUUUGUACAGAUGUUAUUCACCUUGACAACCAGAAACUUUUUUAUUACAGAGGAAACUUUAGUCAGUUCAAGAAAAUGUAUGUACAGAAAAGAAAAGAAAUGAUCAAGGAAUAUGAAAAACAGGAAAAAAAGCUUAAAGAAAUGAAAGCUUCAGGAAAAUCCAGUAAACAAGCUGAAAAAGCUACAAAAGAUGUUUUGACAAGAAAACAGCAAAAAAACAAACAAAAGCUCCAGUCUAAUGCUGAUGAUAAUGGCCCAACAGAGCUACUUAAGAAACCCAAGGAUUACAUUGUUAAAUUCAGCUUUCCAAGUCCUCCACCUUUAAGUCCCCCCAUUCUUGGUCUUCAUUCUGUAGAUUUUGGAUAUGAUGGCCAACCAUACCUUUUCAAAAAUGUUGACUUUGGUAUUGACAUGUCUUCAAGAGUUGCUAUUGUUGGUCCUAAUGGAGUUGGGAAAAGUACCUUUUUGAAACUAUUGAUGGGUGACCUGACACCACUAGUUGGUGAACAAAGGAAGAAUCAUAGAUUGCGUAUAGGAAGAUUUGACCAGCAUUCUGGUGAACAGCUAAAUCUUGAAGAAUCACCUGUGGAAUAUCUUCAGAGAUUGUUUAAUUUGAACUACCAGGAUGCCAGGAAACAGUUAGGUACCUUUGGGCUUGUUAGUUAUGCUCACACUAUACAAAUUCAUGACUUAUCAGGAGGCCAAAAGGCUCGUGUUGCACUAGCAGAGUUGUCUCUCAGAGCUCCAGAUGUUCUUGUUCUGGAUGAACCUACCAACAACUUGGAUAUUGAAUCAAUUGAUGCCUUAGCUGAUGCUGUUAAUGACUACGAAGGAGGUGUUGUGAUCGUGAGCCAUGAUGAGCGAUUGAUUCGUGAAACAAACUGCCAACUAUGGGUUAUUGAAGAUCAAAACAUUAGUGAAAUUGAUGGAGACUUUGAUGAUUACAGACGUGAACUCCUUGAAUCUCUUGGAGAAAUUGUGAACAGUCCUAGUAUAGCUGCUCAACAAGCUAUGGCUGCAAAUUAACUAGUGAUUGAUUUUGUUUCUUCUGAAAAUCUUGACAUCUAGUUUGAUGUACAGACGUAUGAGAAACUCAAUGUUUCAGUACUUUGUGGAAUUUAUUAUUACAAAUUAAAAAGAAAAAAUCUUGA